AUGGGGUGUUCUGCCCUGAAGAGGACCUCUGGUGUUGUACCACGGAAAAAGUUGGGCACAAUGCUGGAGCAUGAAGAAGUGCUCCCGAGGUUUGAGGUUGCAAUUGAUGCUCCAAGUAGCAUUUCAAUCCUAGAUAACAACGUCACCAUAUCAACAUAUGGACGGUACACAUACGGAGAGAAGGUCCAGGGAAAUGUGACCCUUAAAGUCUGCCAGAAGAAAAAAGCAAAGUACAGCUGGUGGUGGGGGCCCACGCUUGCAGAGAAAGAAACAGAAACAAAAGAUCUGUGCUACAAUGAGGUGGUCACGACUGACCAGACUGGAAAGAUGCAAUGUUUUUUGGAUCUGGGGAAAUUCAAUCUGCAGAGCUCAGACUACGCUAGAGAGCUGACCAUAGAUAUCGUUGUGGAGGAAGAGGGUACAGGAGUGAAGUUCAGUGCAGCCAAAUCCAUCAAACUUGAGUCCCAGCUCACCAAACUAUCAUUCAAGGACACAAAGUCGUAUUUCCUACCGGGAGUGCCGUACAGAGGAAAGAUGUCAUUGACUUCCUUUGAGGGCCAUCCCAUCGCUUUGAAGAAAGUUCACAUCAGAGCUCGUUACGAUGGAGAAGAGAAUAAAGAAACUUUUGUCACAGACUCCAAUGGUGACGUCAUAUUCGAACUGUCCACCGAAAAAUGGGGCAAAAACUCGGUGUCACUAGAAGCUACCACAGAAGACACAACGGAGCCCGAUUCUAGCAGUAAAGAAUCCAUCAGUUAUGGCCGGGCCAACCUCUACCUCAAGGACAUCUAUGUGGAGACCAAGAGCUACCUGUAUAUCCGUCCAGUGAAGAGUUCGGCACCAUGUCACCAGAAUGUGGCUGUCACGGUGGACUACUUCCUGGAAGGGGAGCAGGACAAGGGUUCUUUCCAACUCUUCUAUCUGGUGAGUAAGACUUUUCUUCUCAAAACUAUCUCACACCAACAUGUACUCUCAGCUGCAUUACCAUGA